ACUCCCAGCUCCAGCUUGCCCACUCUACACGUGCCUCUUUGCUCCCACCCAGGAAGUCACCAUGUCUUGCCGUUCCUACCGAGUCACCUCUGGUCACCGGAUGGCCAACUUCAGCUCUUGCUCAGCUGGGUCACCCCAGAACCUGAACCACUUCCGGGCUGGCUCUGUCUCCUGCAGGAGUGGGUCUGGAUUUCGGAGCCUUGGCAGCUUUGGUGGCUUUGGGAGUCGGAGUGUCGUCAACUUUGGAUCGUACUCACCCCGGAUGGCAGCUGUAGGCCCUUGUCCUGUCCGCUGUGGAGCUGGCUUUGGUGCUGGCAGUGCGAUGGGCUUAGGCUUUGGUGGUGGGAGUGGUGUUGGUCUAGGCUUUAGGGCCAGCAGUGGUGUUGGUUUGGCAUGUGGAGCCAGCAGUGGCCUUGGCUAUGGCUUCGGCGGCCCUGGCUUUGGCUACAGACUCGGAGGAAUUGGAGUCCCAGCAGCUCCAUCUAUCACAGCUGUGACUGUCAACCAGAGCCUGCUGACCCCUCUCAACCUGGAGAUUGAUCCCAAUGCCCAGAGAGUGAAGAAGGAUGAGAAGGAGCAAAUCAAGACCCUCAACAACAAGUUCGCCUCCUUCAUUGACAAGGUGCGGUUCUUGGAGCAGCAGAAUAAGCUCUUAGAGACCAAGUGGAGCUUCCUCCAAGAGCAGAAAUGUGUCAGGAGCAACUUGGAGCCCAUCUUUGAGAACUACAUUACCAACCUGCGGAGGCAGCUGGAGACACUGGUCAGCGACCAGGCCCGGCUCCAGGCCGAGAGCAACCAGAUGCAGGAUGUCCUAGAAGGCUUCAAGAAGAAGUAUGAAGAGGAGGUGUGCCUCCGCGCCAAUGCUGAGAAUGAGUUUGUGACUCUGAAGAAGGAUGUGGAUGCAGCUUUCUUGAAUAAGUCUGAUCUAGAGGCCAACGCGGAUACCCUAAGUCAGGAAAUUGACUUCCUGAAAGCCCUGUACAUGGAGGAAAUCCAGUUGCUGCAGUCACAUAUCUCAGAGACAUCAGUCAUUGUGAAGAUGGACAACAGCCGGGACCUGAAUCUUGACGGAAUCAUCGCUGAAGUCAAGGCCCAGUAUGAAGAGGUGGCCAGGCGCAGCCGGGCUGAUGCUGAGGCCUGGUACCAGACCAAGUAUGAAGAGAUGCGAGUGACAGCUGGCCAGCACUGUGACAACCUGCGUAACACACGGGACGAGAUCAAUGAGUUGACCCGCCUGAUCCAGAGGCUGAAGGCAGAGAUCGAGCAUGCCAAGGCUCAGCGUGCCAAACUGGAAGCCGCGGUGGCCGAGGCCGAGCAGCAGGGCGAGGCAGCCCUCAAUGAUGCCAAGUGCAAGCUGGCAGAUCUGGAAGGUGCCUUGCAGAAGGCCAAGCAGGACAUGGCCAGACAGCUGCGUGAGUACCAGGAGCUGAUGAAUGCCAAGCUGGGCCUGGACAUCGAGAUCGCCACCUACAGGCGCCUGCUGGAGGGCGAGGAAAUCCGGAUCUGUGAAGGCGUUGGACCAGUAAACAUAUCAGUGAGCAGCUCCCGAGGCGGCCUGGUGUGCGGGCCUGAGACCCUGGUCGCUGGCUCGUCCCUCUCCCGCUCUGGAGCCACCUUCUCUAGCAGCAGCAACGUCUGCACCACCGGCAGGGUCGUGACUUCCUGUGGCUCAAGCCUGGGUGGGGCCCGGGCCACCCUGGCUGGAGGGGACCUGCUGAGCACCGGCACCAAGGGCGAGGUUUGUGUCCCCAGCGUCUCCUGCCCCCUGCCCACAGAGGGUGGCUUCAGCAGCUGUAGUGGGGGCCGCAGCAACGUCCGUUUCUCGUCCACCACCACUUCCCGCCGGACCAAGUACUGAGAGCCCAGCCCCAGACCAGCCACUGCCAGAGAAGAACCAGC